GUGGCGGGCCACCAGCACGGCGAAGGGGACCGAGAUAACACCACGAACUGAUUCUGGGAACGGUAUCCUCCCUCUUGUUGUCUGAGCAAGCUUCGCACCACUCAUGGAAGGAGCCAUCUCCAGCGUGCCAAACACGAGGAUUGCCGUCGUCACCGGCGGGAACAAGGGGAUCGGCUUCGAGGUGUGCUGGCAACUAGCCAGCGGUGGAAUCACGGUCGUUCUGACGGCCCGGGACGAGACGAGGGGCGCGGAGGCAGUCGAGAAGCUCAUAGCGCUCGGGGUCACCAACGUCGUCUUCCAUCAGCUGGAUGUCACGGACACUUCCAGCAUUGCUACACUGGUCGAUUUCCUGAAGACACGCUUUGGCAAACUAGAUAUUCUGGUGAACAAUGCCGCAAUCGGUGGGGUUGAGUACCUCCAAGAACUCGACACCAGCGAGGAGACGUUCGCUGGCAUGGAUUUCGACCAGAUGCUUGAAUGGAUGGUGAAGAACGUCCGUGAGCGCAUCGACAGUGCAAAGAAAGGCGUGCAGACGAACUACUACGGCACAAAGCAUGUAACAGAGGCCGUGUUGCCUCUGCUGCAAUCUUCCUCCGAGGGAAGAAUUGUGAACGUCUCCUCCAUAUUUGGGCUGCUAAGGCUUAUCAGCAACGAGAAGGUGAGGCGGGAGCUCAGUGACAUCGACAACAUGACAGAGGAGAGGCUGGACGAGCUGCUGAACAGGUUCCUCAGGGACUUCGAGGCCGACGCGCUGGAGGCGUGCGGGUGGCCCAUGGGGUGCUCGGCGUACAAGGUGGCCAAGGCCGCCAUGAACGCGUACUCGAGGAUGUUGGCGAGGAGGCACCCCGCGCUGCGCGUCAAUUGCGCGCACCCAGGCUACGUCAAGACGGACAUAACCAUGAACUCUGGUGUCCUGACGCCCGAGGAGGGCGCGCGCAACGUGGUGAAGGUGGCGCUGCUGCCGGACGGCGGGCCCACCGGCAAGUACUUCGCCGAGGGCGAGGAGGCAUCGUUGUGUGAGGUACCGGCCGGCUGGCGGCGCGUGCACGGUCCGGUCCGGCGGCCAUCUGCCGAUGAGCUAGCCUGCCUGCCGUGUCACGUGGUUUGAGACUGAGAAUAACGAACGGGACUUGACAUUUCCCGUGAUGAAUUGUAUCUGUGACAGAUUGUUACUGUAAAACAAUAAGAUUUGGGGGAACCAGCACAA